CAGUGGUAGCAGGACGGCGGAGCGUGGAGGGCUACAAGUGCUUCUCUAUUAGACUUUCAUAGAGUAGCCUAGGAAAUUCAACCAUCAUCCUCCGAAUGGAAGCAAACGUGAGAGCGAGACUGAAAAGACAUACAUGUCAGAGGGAAUUUGUUUAAUCAUUUAGCAGCUGAAACAAGCCACAUCCCUAGCAAAAUAUUGGUUAGAGGAUAGAAGAUUUCUCUGAGGCAACAGCUCGUGUACCAUGAUCUCGCUUGAUUGCAUUAUUGACAGUUUCCUGAAGCAUGGCUUAGAUUAGAAGUCCAGGGCUGCUUGAGAGGAGUUCUGAUGGCUUGUAUGGAGCUUCUGUACCUCACCAAGAAAAGUAGGCAAUCAGAUCUCUGCAACAAUGUGGACUGGAGUUUGCAAGCCCCUCUCUGUGAACAGCAGCAGAGUGAUGGGGGCGAUAUGGGGGCUAGAACAGCAGCUGCGGUGGCAGCUCUCUGCUGCGAUAAGCACUACAAGCCCACACAAAGGACAGCUAUAGCAGGUCCCAGCCAGGCACUCCUUUCCUCCACUCCUGUGCCCUCCUUAUCCCAGGAGCAUGCGGCAGCAUCAAGCAGCACCCAGCCCUGCUGCCAGCCAGCUUGCUUGGAUGGAGAAGAGGAAGCAGAGAAGAAGAGAGCUUGCUGCUGUGCCCAGGCACUAGAGACAUCCUUUACAUAUGUGGAUGAAAAUGUCAACGUGGAGCAUAUGAGAAACCUCUCUUCUCCUGUGAAAAGUUGCUGUCAGGUUCACCCAUCCCAGCUUAGCUCCUGUAGAGGUCCCAGCUUAGCUCCUGUAGAGGUUCCACCUGAAUGGGCACAUGAUCCCACCUCCCUGAUCUCUGAGGAAGAUGAUGAUACUGGCUCAGAAGCUGCUUCAGGAAAAUCUAUAGACUAUGGCUUCAUUAGUGCCAUCUUGUUCCUGGUUAGUGGGAUUUUGCUAGUUAUUAUUUCCUAUGUGGUGCCCAGAGAGGUGACUGUGGAUCCUAACACUGUAGCAGCCAGGGAGAUGGAGCGACUGGAGAAUGAGAGCGCUAGAAUUGGGGCUCACUUGGAUAGGUGUGUGAUUGCUGGGUUGUGUCUCUUAACUCUGGGGGGUGUGGUGCUGUCCAGUUUAUUAAUGAUGUCUAUGUGGAAAGGGGAGUUGUACAGGAGGAAUAGGUUUGCAUCCUCCCAGGAAUCUGCAAAGCUGUACGGUUCUUUCAAUUUUAGAAUGAAAUCCAGCACAAAUGAUAAUACACUAGAGUUAUCAUUAGUAGAAGAAGAUGCAUUUGCUAUAGAUAAUUAAUACAGUUGUGAUUUUUGAGAAAGUAUAGGAAAGUAUGUUCUAUUAAAGAAAACAAAUACAGUACAGCUAAAGAUAGAUAGUAAUGCAGUUUAAUUGCCUGGCAAUAAAUGUCUUUUCUUAAGCCCUGUAACUGAGUAUUUGCAUUAUAUGGAUAUUUGUUUUUUAGGGGAAACCUGCUGGGAUUACAUAAUCAAUUUCAAUGAGACUUUCCUUUAAAAUACUGAAUAGAAAAAUAAAUUUGUAAUAAACAGAUUCCUCAAAUUUUUCUAAAAUAUCCCCCCCUCCCCAAUUAAUUGUUUUGUGUCCCAAUAAAGAACAUUACCAUCCUGCCACAUUUGGAAACUGUUAAUUAUUACAACCUACUGAAGAUUAUUAACUGUUAAUAAUAUUAAGGAAAUAUAUUAAGGGACAGACCAAUAAUCAACUAGCAAGUCUGACAUUUAAUCCCAGCAAUUAAGGGUGACAGUCUCUUUAUAAUUUAUUUUUCAGCUGACCCCUUUUUUCCUGAUAUGAAAGUCCAGAAAAUACCAAUAGAAAUGUAGCCGUAUUAGUCUGGUGUAGCUGAAACAAAAAACAGGACUAUGUAGCACU